AUGGAGUUGCGAGCUGACCUGCUGAAGUCCAUCUGGUAUGCUUUCACCUCUCUGGAUGUGGAGAGGAGCGGGAAGGUGUCCAAGUCCCAGCUAAAGGUGUUGUCUCAUAACCUAUACACUGUGCUGAACAUCCCACACGACCCUGUGGCUCUAGAGGACCACUUUAGAGACAAUGAUGAUGGGCCGGUGUCCAACCAGGGGUACAUGCCCUACCUCAACAAAUUCAUACUGGACAAGGUGGUUGAGGGCACGUUUGAUAAGGAGAAUGUAGAUGAGUUCUGCUGGACUCUCUGUGCCAAAAAGAACUACCAGCCUAAAGAUGGCGUGGGUGUUCUGCCUGAUAAAGAUGCCUUCCAUCUUUGGUGCCUCUUCAACUUCCUGUCUGAAGACAAGUAUCCACUGGUCCUGGUCCCAGAGGAGGUAGAAUAUCUCCUGAAGAAGAUCUCCUCAGCCAUGAGUGUGGAGUUGAGCUGUGUGGACAUGGAAGACUUAAUCUCCCAGGAGGCUGUGCAGCAGAGCGGCAUCACAGUGUGGGCCUUCCUGGACUUUGUCAACACCGGGAGGCUGACCAGAGGUGUGGAGAAGGACGCUGUUAAGAUGGCGAUAGAUGAGGUCUACCAGGAGAUAGCGGGCAAUAUCAUAAAAGAGGGGUAUUUGUGGAAGAAGGGCCACUUGCGGAGGAACUGGAACGAGCGCUGGUUCUCUCUCCAGCCCAGCACUCUGCAUUACUAUGUCAGUGAGGACCGCAAGGAGUGUAAAGGCUGUAUAGAGCUGGGCCACAACUGCUGUGUGGAGGUGCUGCCAGAGAAGGAGGGGAAGAGGUGUAUGUUCUGUGUGAAGACACUCACCAAGACCUACGAGAUGAGCGCCCCCGACACCAAGCAGAGACAGGAGUGGACCACAGCGAUCCAGACAGCCAUCCGUCUGUGUGUGGAGGGGAAGAAGUCCCUGCAUAAGGACCUGAAGCUGCGACGCAGGGAGCAAAGGGAGGAGAGGGUGAUGAGGCGCACCGCCAAGGAGGAGGAGCUGCAAAGUCUGCACCUUCUCCAGGGGGAGAGGGAGAGCAAGCUGGCCGAGCUGGAGCUACUACAGGUUGCACAAAGGCAGGCCCAGUCAGCUCUGCUGCAGGAGGAUCAGAAGAGGAGACAGCAACAUGUGGAGCUGCAGAGAACCCUACAGGAGCAGCUACAGCAGGCUGAGGAGGCGCGAGCCAGCAUUCAGGCAGAAAUGGCCCUCAAGGAGGUGGAGACGGAGCGUCAGAGGAGGAGGAUCUGGGAGCUGGAGGAGACGCAGCUCCGCCUGGAGGAUGCCCUGCACCAGAAGAUCAGAGUGAGACAAGACGAGGAAAUCUACCGCCUCGCACAGGCCAGGCUGCUGAUAGAGGAGGAGGAGAAGAUGAAGGCCCUGCUGGCCCUCCAGGAGGAACAGGAGCAGUACAUCCUGAAGACCCAGAGAGAGAAGCAGGAGCUCAGGCAGGAGAUGGUAACCAAGUCCCAGGCUUUGAAGGAGGCCCAACACCAGCUGGAGAAGGUUCAGGCCAGCCGGCACAGAAUGGACCAGGACAUUGCGGCUACUCAAAGGAAGCUGCGACAGACCAGCACCAGCUUCAAACACUGGAACAUCCAGGUGAACAGACUGACGCAUCCUGUUGGACCAGCAGAGAGAAGACCCUCUCUUGGAAGCUCAGGGGUCCCAGUUGUGCGUGUGCCCUCCCUACGAGACCCGGGCCUACGCAUGUACCAUCAGAGGAGCAAGAGCGAGAAGGAGAAGUGAGGAGUGAGUGAGCAUCAGUGGAAGAGAGGAGAGGCAUCUGUCUCAAGCCUCCAAUGGGGACAUGGACAACACCCCCAAGCUAAGAAUGUUAAUAUACACUGCUCAAAAAAAUAAAGGGAACACUUA